CCAGGCGCCAUGAGAUCAGAGGGCUUUCUGAGUCAACGUUACAGCCUUGAUGAGAUUGCUGAUGUUCCCUCGCUCGGAGUGAGUGGAAAGGACUACUGGCAGCCAGUGAGAUGUGUUGCAGCAGGAGACGCUGUGUAUGGUGAAUGAUGGCCAAGCGGCUUCUGGUGGCUGUUGCCCUCUGGGCUCUGGGUGGACUUGUUGGGCUCCACCAUCUUUACCUGGGCCGGGAUAACCAUGCCCUAUUGUGGAUGUUGACUUUGGGGGGCUUUGGAGUAGGGUGGCUCUGGGAGCUGUGGCUGCUGCCUGGUUGGGUGGCUGAGGCCAACAGCACCCUGGAACUGCACAAGGAUGAUCACCCACCUUUGAACCCUGUGCGCUUCCUUGGCCAAGCCGUUGUAGGUAUCUACUUUGGGUUGGUGGCCCUCAUUGGCCUCUCAACACUGCCUGGUUUUUACUUCCUGGCUCUCCCCUUGGCUGUGGGCCUUGGAGUUCACUUGGUGUCUGGAGUAGGCAACCAAGCCUCUGAUCUUCAGGCUACCUUGAUGGCUGCCUUUGUAACCUCACCAAUCUUCUACGGCCGCUCUCUGGCUAUCCUGCCCAUCAGUCUCACAACCAGUGUGACGGCCCAGUGUUACCGGCGUCAUAAAGCCAGCAGGCGCACGAGAGAGAAGCUUAGUGCUCGAGUGUACCGAUUGAGCCUGGCCUACCUGGCUUUCACUACGCCCUUGGCCUACUGCAUCUUCUACAACACGGCAGCCACCGCCAGCUACAUAGGCAGCACGAUCGGAGCCACAGUGGACUGUCUCAGCAUGUUUCCAUCACUGAGCGGCAUAAUGGAAUCAGUGCUUCUUCUGCCCUACCAUGCCUGGAAGAUGCUGGGUUUUGGCGGGGGCUACUUCCAGGAGUGGGAGAAAGUGUUUGCAUUCGUACAGUCUUUCCAGAGUGAAAGGCAACAGAUGGCGUACAAGGCCUUGGGCAUUCAAGAUGAUGCCACACCAGAAGAAAUCAACAAAAGCUACAGGGAGUUGGUGAAGCUUUGGCAUCCAGAUCACAAUCGGCACCGGGCAGAAGAAGCAGAGACACGUUUUCUUGAAGUGCAGGCUGCCUAUGAGCUCCUGAUGCAGAUGAGAAAAACAAAACGUGCAUGAUUGGACUCCGGAUAACCCCCAAAACUCUUAUUGCUGCUUUGUUGGUGGGGAUCAAAGCAUAACUUUUGAAGGCAUGGUUCUCAAAGUUGAAGGUGGGGCCUCUUUGGAGGCUCAGGUAUUUGCUUAGGGAGAUAUUUUCUGUGUCAAUUUGGCCCAGAAGGUGGAGGGCACAUGUACUAUAACAUGCCCUCCACUUGUUAUUAUUUUGAAUAUUAGUACCAGGGCUUGUAGGACUGCCUGCCCUUUUCCUGGCCUUCUGAUUCUAUAGUUCUUUGUGGAGUGGCCCCAUCCUUCUCUUCAUCUUCUAUUUUUAGGUGGCCUAUCUCUUGACGUGAGAGCCAUUAAGCUUUGCUUUUCUGAUAUAUUUGUAUUGAAGGGCAGGGGAUACAAUUAUUAACAGUGCAAUCCUAUACAGGUCUACUCAGAAGUAAGUCCCACUGAGUUCAAUGGGGCUUACUCCCAGGUAAGUAGAUAUAGCAUUGCACUCUAAAUAAAUUAAAGAACUGUCAGUUAACUCUGGAGAGAUUUCAGCGUAUUUAUUCUUGACUUUGGGAAGCUUUGGAAACAGAAAGUGUGCAAGUACCAACAAAGUGCCAAUUAUCCCAGUAAAUUGAUUCCACAAUGUAUCAUUUGAUGUGGAAUGGAAUUACUAUUGAAUAUGCAAUUAGGAUCUAUCAGCUUUGGCUGCUUUUAUUUGUAUUUUAUUGCUGUGUUUUAUAAUUUUGAUUAACUUUGUUUUAGUUUAUAUCUAUUAAUUGGUUUUGAAAUACUUUUACCUGUAUUGUAAGCUAUCUUGAGAGCUUUUAUAUUGAAACAGCCAGAUACCCAUUUCAUAAAAAAAAACACAAGCAUCCCUGGGUUGUGGUUUAUUAUGUUCUGUACAUGCUUACUCAGAAUUACAUUCCACUGAAUCCAAUGCGGCUAACUUUGAAUUAAAUGUAUGUAGGAUUACAACUUGAGUUUCCUUAUGCUUAUUAUAUUCUUUCUAAGCCACUUCUCCAUAAGUAGUCUUUCCCUGUGUGUUUUUUAAAGCCUUUGGAAUAAAAAUUAACUGGAAAAUG